CUUUUUGUAAGUUUUUCAGGACUUUUAUAUAUUAAUUUCCCACAUUUCACAUAGAAUAAAAGCUAGUACUAGAAAUGCAGUACAAAUAGUUCCUUUUGUUGUACUAGGGAUCAGAACCAGGGUUCUGCAUGUGCCCGAUAGAAGUUUCUUUACCUUUAUCUAUUUUAUUUGGGGACUUUUUUAAGAAUGGGAAUUGUUUUUGCACGUGCACGCACACACACACACACACACACACACACACACACACAGAGUGCACAUGUAUGUGGUGGUUCGUGACAACUUUCUAGCAUCCUACCUCUCCACCUACCACAUGGGCCUCAGGGUAUCAGGCUUGGUAGCAUACACCUUUACUUGCUAGAUUUCACUGAGUAGCCCAGGCUGGCCUUGAACUCAUGGUACAGCUCAGACCACCUUAAAAUACUGAUUUAGGUCCUGAAGUACUAGAAUUAUCAGCAUGCACCAUCCCAUUUUGGUUUUUUGUAAUACAUGAGGACAGUAGAUUACCGCUUUCUGUUUUAAAGCCAUGGUCUCAUGGUGAAUCAACAGCCGGCCUGAAACCUGCUUUGUAGACCAGGCUGAUCCUGAAUUCAUAGAGGCUCCCCUGCCUCUGCCUCCCGAGUGUUGGGUUUGAAGUGCUGUGCUUUUAUGCUGUGCCAUAUUUUAGUGAAUUUUAUAAUUCCUGAUACUGGAAGACAAAAAGAUUACUGGCUUUGCAGAAUAUGGCGUUUCUCAAGUUCAGCACCAAUGGCAGGGGCAGAGCUCUCCUUUCCCAUCAGGAGGGUGGAGGUGGCGGGAUCCAUCCAGAUCAGUUGACGAAAGAUAGUUUUAAGUAUUGUCUAUUUUAUUCAGUUUUUUCCUUUACUGCUUUUUAAUGACAAGGUAUCAUUGGAUAACUCUAGCUGGCCUCAAACUUUCCUAGGCUGGUGUCAAACAUGAGAUCCUCCUGCCUUUUGAGUGCUGGAAUGACCUCUACACACUCCUAAGUCUUUUAUUUUUGAAAAGGGAAUAUGCAGAGUUGUUUCUGGUAUUUUAAAUGUUAGUAAUUUUGAAGAACACGUUUUGCUCUCUUAAGACAGUUUAGUAGGACCCAGCUCAUAAGAAAGCUACUGCCCUCUGGCCUCUUCUCCUGACUGCAGAUUCAUCCUUCUUCCUGUUCAUAAGGACUGCUUGAGGAGCAUUCAGUCUCCAUUUCCUUCUUUCCCCUCCUCCUCCUCCUCCUCUUCCUCCUCCUCCUCUUCUUCCUCCUCCUCAUAGUUCUCACCUACUAUUGAGCAUUGUUUGAAGAACUUGUCCUGAACAAGGGAAGCACAACACUGAAAACGAUAGCAGUCCCGCGUUAAAGGAGUCUGUGUUAGUGUGAAAUCAAAGUGUCUCAGGAAAUAACUCAGUGCAGUGGGAUUUAGACUUCAUACCAGUAGGUCAGUGGGCAGAGAGAGUAGUCAAUACAUGAGAGUAGGUGGCUGGGGUUGGGGUACCUGGCCUACUGCACACCAGUGGCUGUCAGCCUUGACUGCUCAUUGGACUCACUCGGAAGUUCUAGAGAAUACUGAGGCUUGCAGAGGUUUAAAUAGCCUGAGUUAGACUUCAAGCCGCAUUAUGAUUUGAAAAAAAAAUUUUUUAACUGUAGUUGAGAUCUAUUAUUCUGCACUUUAAUUUAAAAACUGAGUUCUUUCACUUCCAUUUCAUUGUAAAAAAUUGUCAUUUUUAUCUUGACUCCUAAAAUCAAGAUUACAUACAUUUUGUUACUUUGAAAGUGACGUAAGUGGAUAGGAAAGCUGGCAGUGCAGGACGGAGCGCCCACUGCAUGCUGAGUACUGCUGAGAGCAAAGCGUAGGAUGCUCUGCUAACAAGAGCAUCUCCCACAGGACAGCAUGCGGCCGUCAGAGUCCAGCCCCAUGCGCAGUGCUGCAGUGUGUGUGUGCUGUGUGUACAGUUGUGACUGCUUUCACCGCUUCCUCUAGGGCAGUCCUGUGUAGCAAAGUGAACUAAAUAAGAUAGCUAGUCAGUUAUCAUGUCUCUUUUCUCCUAAAAAUUCCUCCUUAACUUUUACGACCUUGACAUUUGAGAACCAUGGGUCAGUUGUUAAUGUAGAAUGGUCCUCAGGUUAGAAUUUUUCUGGCGUUUGUUUUGUCUAGGACCAGGCUAUAGUGUUCAGGGAUUCAUGGACGUCCACUCUGUUCUCCUGGAUCUGCUAUGCAGCGCACAGCACAGCAUGUCUCACUGGUGAUGCUGCCCUCUACUCCUCUCUUCCAGUCACCGUUUCUCCUUCUGUAAUUACCAGAUGUUUUGUUUUGAUGGACAUGUUUGACCAGGAUGACGAUAUAGGCUUGGUUUCUCUCUGUGAAGAGGAACCUUGUUCUUCUGGUGAGCUAAACUAUUAUGACCUUGUUAGAACUGAAAUCGCAGAAGAAAGACAGUAUCUACGGGAACUGAAUAUGAUCAUUAAAGUAUUCCGGGAAGCCUUUCUUUCAGACAAAAAGUUGUUCAAGUCUUCUGAAAUUGAAAAGAUUUUCAGUAACAUUUCAGAUAUACAUGAACUGACUGUGAAACUUUUAGGUUUGAUUGAAGACACAGUAGAAAUGACAGAUGAAAGCAGUCCUCACCCGCUAGCUGGUAGCUGCUUUGAAGAUUUAGCAGAGGAGCAGGCUUUUGACCCCUAUGAAACGUUAUCACAGGACAUUCUUGCUCCAGAGUUUAAUGACCACUUCAGCAAGUUGAUGGCCAGACCUGCAGUUGCUCUGCACUUUCAGUCCAUUGCUGACGGCUUUAAGGAGGCUGUUCGAUAUGUCCUUCCGCGCCUCAUGCUGGUGCCGGUGUAUCAUUGUUGGCAUUACUUUGAAUUAUUAAAGCAGUUGAAAGCAUGUAGCGAAGAACAGGAAGACCGAGAGUGUUUGAAUCAGGCUAUCACUGCCCUCAUGAACCUCCAAGGCAGCAUGGACCGGAUUUACAAGCAGCACUCGCCAAGGCGCCGGCCAGGGGAUCCUGUUUGCCUUUUUUACAAUCGUCAAUUAAGAAGCAAGCACCUGGCUAUCAAAAAAAUGAAUGAAAUUCAGAAAAACAUUGAUGGGUGGGAAGGCAAAGAUAUUGGACAGUGUUGUAAUGAGUUCAUAAUGGAAGGACCAUUGACCAGAAUUGGUGCUAAGCAUGAAAGGCAUAUUUUCCUCUUCGAUGGCUUAAUGAUCAGCUGUAAACCCAAUCAUUGCCAGACUCGACUUCCAGGGUAUAGUAGUGCAGAAUACAGGUUAAAAGAGAAGUUUGUCAUGAGGAAAAUUCAAAUCUGUGAUAAAGAAGACGCUUGUGAAUACAAACAUGCUUUUGAAUUAGUAUCCAAAGAUGAAAACAGUGUAAUAUUUGCUGCCAAGUCAGCUGAAGAGAAAAACAACUGGAUGGCAGCCCUUAUCUCCCUUCACUAUCGGAGCACUCUAGAUAGAAUGCUGGACUCUGUGUUACUGAAAGAGGAGAACGAGCAGCCCCUGCGGCUACCGCGGCCAGACGUGUACCGCUUCGUGGUGACAGACUCAGAGGAGAACAUAGUUUUUGAAGACAACUUGCAAAGCAGAAGUGGAAUCCCCAUUAUUAAAGGAGGCACCGUGGUGAAACUGAUCGAAAGGCUAACAUAUCACAUGUAUGCAGAUCCCAAUUUUGUUCGUACUUUCCUUACUACGUAUCGUUCAUUUUGUAAGCCACAGGAAUUGCUAAGCUUGCUGAUAGAACGGUUUGAAAUUCCAGAUCCAGAGCCUACUGAGGCCGACAAACUGGCGCUAGAGAAAGGCGAGCAGCCAAUCAGCGCAGAUCUGAAAAGAUUCCGCAAGGAAUAUGUCCAACCCGUGCAACUUAGGGUCUUGAAUGUCUUUCGCCACUGGGUUGAGCAUCAUUUUUAUGACUUUGAAAGAGACUUGGAAUUGCUUGAAAGACUGGAAGCCUUCAUUUCAAGUGUAAGAGGGAAAGCCAUGAAGAAGUGGGUAGAAUCCAUUGCUAAAAUCAUCAAGAGGAAGAAGCAAGCUCAGGCCAAUGGAGUAAGCCAUAAUAUCACCUUUGAAAGUCCGCCUCCACCGGUUGAAUGGCACAUAAGUAGGGCGGGACAGUCUGAAACCUUUGACCUUAUGACACUUCAUCCCAUAGAGAUUGCACGGCAGUUAACACUCUUGGAAUCUGAUCUCUACAGGAGAGUCCAGCCUUCUGAACUUGUAGGGAGUGUCUGGACCAAAGAAGAUAAAGAAAUAAAUUCUCCAAAUCUAUUAAAAAUGAUUCGCCAUACAACAAACCUCACUUUGUGGUUUGAAAAAUGCAUUGUGGAAGCAGAAAACUUUGAAGAACGGGUGGCAGUGCUCAGCAGAAUAGUAGAAAUUCUGCAAGUGUUUCAAGAUCUGAAUAAUUUCAAUGGCGUGUUGGAGAUAGUCAGUGCAGUCAAUUCAGUGUCAGUGUACAGACUAGACCACACAUUUGAGGCAUUGCAGGAAAGGAAGCGGAGAGUUUUGGAUGACGCUGUGGAAUUAAGUCAGGAUCACUUUAAAAAAUACCUAGUAAAACUUAAAUCAAUCAAUCCACCUUGUGUGCCUUUUUUUGGAAUAUAUUUAACAAAUAUUCUGAAGACUGAAGAAGGGAACAGCGACUUUCUAAAGAGGAAAGGGAAAGAUUUGAUCAAUUUCAGUAAGAGGAGAAAAGUGGCUGAAAUAACCGGAGAGAUUCAGCAGUAUCAGAACCAACCAUACUGCUUACGGACAGAACCAGAGAUGAGGAGAUUCUUUGAAAACCUCAAUCCCAUGGGACUUUUAUCUGAAAAAGAGUUUACAGAUUAUUUGUUCAACAAAUCUCAUGAAAUUGAACCCCGAAACUGCAAACAACCACCUCGAUUUCCUAGGAAGUCAACCUUUUCCUUAAAAUCUCCUGGAAUAAGGCCCAAUGCCAGCCGCCAUGGCUCUACCUCAGGCACGUUCCGAGGUCACCCAACCCCUCUGGAAAGGGAGCCUUAUAAGAUAAGCUUUAGCAGGAUCGCCGAGACGGAGCUAGAAUCCACGGUGUCAGCACCGACAUCUCCCAACACCCCAUCCACCCCACCUGUGUCUGCUUCUUCAGACCACAGCGUGUUUCUAGAUGUGGACCUCAAUAGCUCCUGUGGCAGCAAUACCAUCUUUGCUCCAGUCCUCUUGCCACACUCAAAGUCUUUCUUCAGCUCAUGUGGAAGUCUACACAAACUGAGUGAAGAGCCACUAGUUCCUCCUCCGCUUCCCCCUCGGAAAAAGUUUGAUCACGAUGCUCCGAACUCCAAGGGAGCUAUGAAAUCGGAUGAUGACCCUCCUGCUAUUCCACCAAGACAACCCCCUCCUCCAAAGGUAAAGCCAAGAGCUCCUGUCCUCACGGGUACAUUUGAAGGGCCUGUGCCCAGUCCACCUCCACCUCCUCCCAGAGACCCUCUUCCUGAUACUCCUCCACCAGUUCCUCUUCGGCCUCCGGAACACUUUAUAAACUGUCCGUUUAAUCUCCAGCCGCCUCCGCUGGGACAUCCUCACAGAGACCCAGACUGGCUCAGAGACGUUAGCACAUGCCCUAAUUCACCAAGCACUCCUCCCCCUACGCCCUCGCCACGGAUUCCACGCAGAUGCCAUUUGCCCAGCCCCAGUCACAACAAUCUUGCUCACCCUCCAGCUCCUCCCGUUCCACCAAGGCAGAAUUCAAGCCCUCACCUACCAAAACUGCCACCAAAGACUUACAAGCGGGAGCUUUCACACCCGCCAUUGUACAGACUACCUUUGUUUGAAAAUGCAGAAACUCCUCAGUGACCUUGGCCACGUGUAGUCAUUGACACUGGAUUAGUAUUUGUAAAGGUUUUUAAUUUAUUCAAAAAAGACAUAGUAUUUUAGUACUUUUUACAGAAAUGCUACUGAUCAAAUAAGCUUUUAAGAACUAGUAAAAUUGUCAGAUGGCAGUGGUGCACACCUCCAAUUCCAGCACUCGGAAGGCAGAGGCAGGUGGGUUUCAGGGUUUGAGAGCAACCUGGUCUAUAGAGCAAGUUCCAGGACAGCCAGGGCUACACAGAAAAACCUUGUCUCAAAAAGUCAAAACCAAAACAAAAAGAAAAGAAUCUGAAAUACUAAAAUGCAAAAGCCCCUCCUCACCGUGGCCCUCAGGGGAUCAGUAGCACUGCCUGAUCAGCUCCUCCGUGCUGCCCAAGGCCAGUAUAACGAAUCUGUAUUGCACUGUACUCUGCUAGAACAUGGCUGAGAACGUUUCUGACUGCACUGACAGGGGCUAGCCUCGAGGGAGCUCUCAGGCCUGAGUGAUAGAUGCCUUUUUAAGACAAUGAAUUUACGCAGAUCCAGAGGAUGUGUGGUGGUAUUACUGGUUUUUAACCCUCUGACCACCUUCUAGCUUUUAACUUCGUUUGGUUUUUACAUCUAGGAGAAUUAUGAAUAAUACCCACUGUUCUUAAACUCUUUGAGGCCAUGUCUUAAAUGUCAGUAUUUGCUGCUGAAGACAAAACGGAAAAUAGAAUGAAAUAAUAGAAUGCACUGUGUUUAUUAUUUUGGUAAGAUUAUAAACAACUCUGUAUAACCUGAUUACAGAAGGGCAUGUAUCUCAUUAAGAUGUGCCUUUUGUUUUGCAGUGUGUGGUGUCUUUAGCUAAUGAUUUGCCUAUUGUUUGGGAAAACAAAAUUAAUAUGCCAUAUAUGUACAGUUUAUUUAUAUUGUAUAUAUUUAAAGAAAAUGCUAAUAACCUAUAUAAAUGUAAGUGACUUGAGGCCUAUAAUACAAUCUGCUAUUUUACUAAUUUGUAAGUCCAGAACAAAAGUUUCUUAUGGCAUAAGAACCAACUGCCAUCUGCCUUGUCUUCACACCUAUUAACUGUCUUUAAUCUCGUGUUAACUGAAAUUUUUAAAGUUUUUCCAGAUUAGUAAUAUUUAAACAGAAAAUACUUUAAAAGCUUUAUUAAAUUUUUUUUUUAAUCAGACAGGAUAAAGCUUUUCCCAUUUGGAUACUCUCGUUCAAAGUGAUCAACGUAUGUUGUGCUGAUAGUGCAGUAGCCCCCAUUGUAAAGUAGCCAAAAGCCAUGUUGUUUAUCUACUGGUCUGUGGCCUUCUACUGUGCUUUGCAUCAGAGUUCUUAACAAGGUUAAUAAAUCACCUCAGUCUUAAUUUGUAAAA